AUGGAGAAAAUAGUUAACGCAUGGAGGAAAGUCCCUGAUGCAGCGGAAGGUUGUUCAGUUAUGUGUUGUGUAUUUGGUGCGCUUACGCCUGAGACACUUGAAAACCAACGUGGGCAGGCAAUGCUGCAAUACCUUUUUACGUCGCUGAAUACUGUGUGCAACGCUGCCUUGUUCUUUUCCUUUGAUAAGCUACUGGUUGUACAUUCCAACCUCAAUGUUGAGCUGCCGCCCUCAUCAGAGAGCUUUACCUACGCUUCUGCAACGUUGGACGAGAAGUUUGGUGAGAUUCUCGCAGCAUUUGUUGCUGAUGCAAAAGUUGGAGUGUGUCAGAAGGAGUUGAACAUACAAGAGGGUGAUUUUGCACCAAAGCUAAUUUCAGUCGUUCGAGAAAUUGUUCCCGCUGAGCGUACGGUUGAAGUUGGACCCCUUCUGGGUGAGUUCCUUUUUGUGAAGGACGAGGCAGCACUUUCCUGUGUGGAGAAAGCGGCAGGACUUUGUAACGCUAUAUUCCGCCGCUCCGCCCGCGGGAUGAUUGAGUCGGAAAUGCAAAAGAGUAAUCCUAAAACGCUGAGCGCCUUGCGGGAGCAGUUAACGAAAACCCUCGAGGCACCAAACACCGUCAUGGGUUUGGAAACACUUGAUGUCUCUCAGUUCUCAAUUGCGUCCGGUUUGACACCAUGUAUUAUGCACCGUGGGACUUAUAACCCUCAAAUUAGUGUCACAGAGGUGAGUACCCAACCGCUGCGGAGUGAUGUCAUCGUCGUCCGAUACGGAUUGAAGAAUUGCGGCUACACCGCUUUCAUCGCCCGUACGCUCAUCGCGGAACGAAAUGCCCCAAGCAACGUGAAGGACGUCUACAAGUUUGUGUACAACGUAACCGAAAAACUGUUAGAGCACCUUCGUGUGGGGACGCGUCUCAGUGCCGUGCAUGAAGAAGUAAUGAAGUAUGCAACCACUACAGACGAAGCUCUUGCAAAGCACCUUCCCAAGUCUUUGGGUUUCUCGACUGGAUUGUUGGUGCUUGAGGCACGCGGGACAAUAUCUCAGAAAGGAACUGCAACAGUUGAAGACGGAAUGGCUUUUGUAACUCGGGUUACUCUCGAAGGGGUGCCGGAUGGUGAAGGCGGUACAUUCGACGUGGAGCUGUCCGACACAGUCACAGUAAAAGGUGGCGCUGCACAACUUAACACCAAAACAUCACGUAAGCUUGAGGAAGUCCUCUACGAUGACAGUGCAGAAGAGGAAACUGCAUUCGAAACAAGUGCGCGGGACUUAAAUAAGAUAACACGGCAAGGACAGAGUAGCGUUCCACUACUCUCGCGGGAAUCGGCACGAGAGGAAAAACUCAAGACGCUUUUAAGGGAACUACAUGCGGAGUUGGCCGCUGCUGGUGGGAAAAAAGCCAAAACUGCCGUCUCAGAAGAGUUUCGUACGUACGAAAUUGCACGUCUUUCCUACGGCGACGUCAUUCCUUACGCGAAUGAAACCUCGUUCCCGGAUGUGGCGCGUGGUGGUGGCAUUUAUGUAGACACGGAAAAGGAGGUGGCGUUCUUUCCCGUAUGCGGGGGUGUGGCGGCGUUUCAUGUCUCGACCAUAAGUCGAGUUGACGUGAAGUUUGAAGGGAACCAAGUGGCGGGUAUUUUCUCAUUUCAUUCGCUUCAGGAAGGAAAUAUCGCCUACCGUUUGAACCGCACUAAAAUAUUCGUCAAAGAGCUGACGUACCGUGCGCGCCGUGACAUCUUCACCGAUGUGAAGAUUGCCAUUCAGGGUAUUCAGCAACGCAUCAAAAAUAGAGAUACGGAGCGACGCCGUGUUUCAUUGAAUGCUGGAGGUGCUCAGCUGCAAACAGUUCCUGAUGCGAUUCGGCUUCCACAGGUAAAGAUUCGACCCCCAGCGACAACAGGACGUUAUAACAAAGAAUGCAUUGGAAACUUGGAGAUUCAUCGGAAUGGAUUGCGCUUUUCAUAUAUUGGUGGGGCACCAAUUGACAUGCAUUUUGAAAACAUCAAGCAUGUUAUAUUCCAACCCGCUGUCAAUGCUGUUCGGGUUAUUUACCACAUCACCUUGAAGAAGGGUGUGGAGAUUGCCCGGAAGAGUGUGGAUGAGGUUCAGUUCGUUGCGGAGGUUAUGGAAAGCAGCGAAACUGUUAUGGCUGCGCGAAAAGGGUAUGAAGAGGAAAUUGCAGCGGAAGAGCGUGAACUUAUGCGCAUCAGUGACACAAACAAACAAUUCCUGAAGUUUGCUCAGGCCGUUGAAAGGGUCAGCAUGAUCAAAACGCAAAUACCUGCUAGCAAUUUUUCCUUUGAAGGCGUUCAUGCCAAGGGCUUAACAACAUUCAAAGCCAAUCGCGAAGUGUUAUGGGCGAUUAUGGACCGGCCUCCGUUUACACAGCGUGUGGAGGAUAUCGAGGUUGUGUCGCUUGAGCGCGUUAUACCUGGUGGAUCCACUUUUGAUGUGAACCUUAUUUUCAAGGACUACAACAAACCGCCGGCGAGCAUCACCACAAUACCUCGUAGCAGCCUCGAGUCUCUAAAAGACUGGUGUCUUGCAGCGCGACUUUACUACAUGGAGACGAGCGUUAAUCCAAACUGGAAGGUGGUACUGAAAACAAUUAUCGAAGACGAAGAUUGGGAUCCGUGGAGGCCAGGAGCCGGUUGGGCAGUACUCAAUGAUGAUUUCGAGGGAGAUGAAGAAGCCUCUGAAGACUCUGAUUCAGAUGAUUCCACUUAUGUUGAAGAAGAAGAUGAAACCGAUGAGACGGGGAGUUCCUUUCUUGACGAUGAGGAGAGUGAACCCGAGUCCAGUGACGAAGAGGACAGUGAAAGUGUGUUGAGUUGGGACGAAAUGGAGCGUCGUGCGGAGCAGCAUGACCGGCAGCGCGGAUACGGCUCUGAUGAUGAUGAUCGGCCUCGCAAGAGACCCCGCACGUCUUCAGGCGCUUCCAGCAACCGAAGGCCGCAUCCGCCUCCACAACUCCCAAAAAAGCAGAGUCGGUUGCCUCCUAUGGGAUCAGCAGUGCCGCCACCGCGCCGGUUUUAG